GGGCGAUCGUUCAAUUAAACCCGCUAUAAUGUUUCAAUGAGGAUUGCGUAACCGCAAAAGUCACGUGGAACCGAUCGCCAGGUAGAAUCUUGCGGCGAGUGAGGAAGCCGAAAAGAUUUAUUUUAUUUUUUUCGCACAUAAUUCUCGGGACGAAAUUUCCGAAAACCAGUUCAACGCUCUUUACUGUCGUUAAUUGAUCAUGCGAGCUUCGCCGCGGUCACCGUGAGUGUCAUUUUUGAGUAAGUGUGCGACAAAAAAUACCACGAUGAACGGCAACAAGAACUACCCAAGUCGCGCGGACUUUUUAUCGGAAGACGCGAUAAACGACGGCCUCAAGUAUAGCAGGAACGGGGGUUGUUUCGUCACGACGAAAAAGGCUAUAGCCUUCGUGGUGCUGGCCCUGCUCUCGCUGGCCGUCGUCAUAGUGCUGAUGUACUACUACGGACCUAACACUAAGCUGAGAAUGCUUCAGCGCGAAGCGGCCAACGACAUCGAACAACUUCUCAAUGAAACGCUCAACGAAAAAGUCCCUGAGGAAGAGCUCAGGCUACCCAAGCACGUCCACCCCAUCCGCUACCGCUUAAAAAUUCACCCCGUGCUAGACGAAGACUCGAAAAACAACUUCUCGUUCACCGGGCAAGUGACUAUCCUCGUCAACUGCACCACGUCCACGGACAAGAUCGUCCUGCAUGUUGACGACCUCAAAAUUACCGAUACGGACGUGAAGGUGAGCGCGGUGAAGUUGAGGAGCCUCCACAAUGUCACCAGGAGAGAGGCGAUCACAUCCGCAGAAGACGACGUCAUCCAGACCGACGCCACAACUACGGAACUGCCCCUCACCACGGAAUCUUCCACCGAGGUGGUUACCGAAGAAGACCUAGUGCCGUUGGGUAUCGAGGAGAUCCUUCGGGACACGCAGAACUUCAAAAUCACCAUCGUCCUUCGGGACAAGCUGUACGCAGGAGAAGUUUACAAGGUCCACGCCAAGUUCUCCGGCGAGAUCCUCAACAACUUGGUCGGGCUCUACAGAACGAGCUACGUCGACACCGCCGGUAACGUCAGAUGGCUCGCCACCACUCACUUUGAGUCGGUCUACGCUCGCAGCGUAUUCCCUUGUUUCGACGAGCCCUCCUUCAAGGCCUCCUUCGAGAUCAGCGUCGCGAGACGCUCCACUAUGACUGCCCUCUCCAACAUGCCGCUAAAGGAUACCGAACCGAUGAACGAAACCGGCUGGGUAUGGGACCACUUUGAAGCAUCGCCUCCUAUGUCCACUUACCUGGUGGCCUUCACCGUGAGCGAUUUCGAGAGUUUGUCGGCCAAUACGACAGCCGGACCUGUGCUCAAGGUGUGGGCUCCGAGAGACGACCUGCCCAAAGCUCGAUACGCCCUUGAAUCUGCUCAGGAGAUCUUACCCUUCCUGGAGAAUUACUUCGGUAUCAAAUACCCCCUUCCAAAGCUCGACAUGCUCGCCAUACCCAGUUUUGGCAAAGAAGCCAUGGAGAACUGGGGUCUGAUAUCGUUUAGGAAGUCCACGUUCUUGUUCGACCCCUCGUCGCGUAGCAUGAAGACCAAGAGUUUGAUUUUCGCCAAGAUCGCCCACGAGUUGGCCCACCAAUGGUUCGGUAAUUUGCUGACCAUGGAGUGGUGGUCCGAUUUGUGGCUAAAUGAAGGCUUCGGCACCUUCAUGGCGGAAGUAGUGCUCAACAGCCUCAGACCGCGGUGGCACGUGUACAGCACACUUCAGCUGCGCGAUGCCUACAAGACGCUGUAUUUCGACAGCCUCAAAUCUACUCACAGCAUUGAGUCCGAUAUAACAACCACGGCUCAGAUCGAGCAGAUCUUCGACACAAUAGUGUACCAAAAAGGCAGCAGCGUACUCAAAAUGCUUAACCACACCCUUACUAAGGAAGUUUUUAAGCAGGGUCUCCACAACUACUUGAAGAAGUUCUCGUACAAGUCUACCAACCAGGACGACCUGUGGGUGCUGUUCAACAGCAGAGCGCACAACCAGAGCAUCAUCCCCGAGAACGUCACCGUCAAAGCGUUAAUGAACUCUUGGACGUCGCAGAGCGGGUACCCCAUCGUGACGGCCACCAGGGACUACGCCACAAAGACAGUUAAAAUUAACCAGACCAAGAUGACGGAAGACAUUAACUCCACCUCCGACGCUCUCUGGUUCGUUCCGAUCACCUACGCAACCAGAAACGACAACGUGGUCAGAAGCAUCUGGCUGGAGAACGUCAGGGAGACGGAGCUCAGCCUUCCCGACUCCGACAACGACACGUGGCUCCUUUUCAAUAUCGACGAGACGGGCUUCUUUAGGGUUAAUUACGAUAUUCAUAACUGGAAGCUGCUCAUCUACCAGCUGCGCAGGAACCCCAACAAGAUCCCGGUUUCUAACAGGGGUCACCUCAUCGACGACGCUUUUCAACUGGCCAACGCUGGAGUCAUCAACUAUACGGUAGCGUUCGAAUUGGUCAAGUACUUGACUAUUGCGGAGGCCAACUACAUCCCCUGGUACAGCGCAUUGAGAAACAUGGAGGAACUGAGAGUGAUUAUCAGCAACUACGAGUACCUCGGCCUCUACGACAACUUCAUCUUGAAGUUGAUCAGGCCCAUGUUCGACGAGCUCGGUACCAGGGAGCGAACCUUUGACACCCAAAACGAAAAGCUGCUCAGAUUAUUGAUCGUGACGUCUGCCUGCAGACUGAGGCACUCGACGUGCACCCGUUGGGCCCGUGGCCACUUCUACGAGUGGAUGAACAUGUCUGAUCCCGACCAAGACAAUCCGAUCAACGUCGACUACAGGUUUACCGUGCAGUGUUCCGCCAUCAAGUCGGGCGGUCCGGCCGAAUGGGACUUCUUGUGGAACCGCACGCUUUCGAGGUCGAUGUCCCCCAACGACCUCCAGACUGCGUACUUAAGUCUAGGAUGCACAUACGACCCGUGGCUAAUCAAUAGGUACCUGGAGUACUCCCUCGUCGGCAACAUGACGCUCGAGAGCGUCCAAUACGUGUGGAAGUCCAUCAGCCACCCGGUAGGGGUGAGGACCGGAUUUCAAUUCCUCCGGCUCAACUGGGACAGGAUCUACGACACCUACGAGGACGUUUAUCCGGUGUUUAGCGCCAUCUUCCACGACUUCGUGUCGCAGUUGUCCACCGAGAUCGACCUCGAGGACUUGACGACGUUCUACAAGUUGCAUCAGAACGACUUGAAGUCGGUAUCGACCGUUCUGCAGACGUCGGUCGACCAGAUGAAGGUGCGGAUCAAUUGGAAGCAAAAGCACCUGGACUCGGUCGUUAAUUGGUUGAAAAGAAACAAGUACUAA